AUGGCGUUGAACACCCAAGGCGGCGGAGGGGCUCAUUCACAAGCCUCUCUUCCAGCCCUUCCAGCCCAUCUUCAAUCCGAUACUCACCUGACAGCCCAUCUCGCGAGUCGAUUCCAUGUCUCAUUACCAACGGCCCGGCUCUCAGCUCACGCGUUAAUAUCUCUUAAUACAUAUGCUUCUUCCACAAAGGGGCCAGAUGGAGGAAAGGAGGGCUCCGCCAUGGGCGAGGCGGAAGAUCUGGCUGAUCGGGCUUUUACGCGACUUGGGGCACGCUCGGAAAACCAAGCCGUGGUGUUUCUCGGCGAAUCUGGCUCAGGCAAGACGACCGUCCGUUCCCACUUGCUCUCCGCACUCCUUAAUAAGUCUUCGACUCCGCUAUCGACCAAACUGUCACUUUCUGCCUACGUUUUUGACACCCUGACAACCACUAAAACUGCCACGACACCGACGGCCUCGAAGGCUGGCCUAUUCUUCGAGCUUCAAUAUGACACUUCCUCGUCAGUCAACCCAACACUCAUUGGUGGGAAACUGUUGGACCACAGAUUGGAAAGGAGUAGGGUGGCAGCGGUCCCAACGGGAGAACGCAGCUUUCAUGUGCUAUAUUAUCUCCUGGCUGGUACGAGCGCUGCGGAAAAAACUCAUCUUGGGCUCGACUCGGCCGGAGGCAUUUCCUCAGCAGUCCAUGCCCACGGGCACAGCGUCAGGCAGUCUACCCAGCAGAAGAGAUGGAGAUAUCUUGGACAUCCUACCCAGCUGAAGAUCGGCAUUAAUGACGCCGAAGGGUUUCAAUUAUUUAAGACCGCCUUGAGGAAAUUGGAGUUCCCCCGGAGUGAGAUAGCGGAGAUUUGCCAAGUGCUAGCCAGCAUACUUCAUAUUGGCCAGCUUGAUUUCGAGACGACCGCAGAUACCACGGCAAAUGGAGAUGAUAGCGGCGGGUUUUCACACGAGGGAUCUACCAACACCACUGCAGUGAAGAACAAGGAUGUACUCACUAUUAUUGCUGCCUUCUUAGGGGUGAGUGCUCAAGAUCUGCAAACCACUUUGGGUUACAAGACCAAAAUCCUUUCGCGCGAGCGCGUUACGGUCAUGCUUGAUCCCACUGGGGCGAGGAAUAAUGCGGAUGAGCUUGCUAGAACGCUGUACUCACUCCUGGUGGCGUACGUAAUUGAAAGCAUUAAUCAACGACUCUGCGCGGUGGAGGAUACAGUUGGAAACACCAUCUCGAUUAUCGAUUUCCCUGGUUUUUCCCAGCAACGCUCCACCGACUCUACCCUAGACCAGUUACUUAACAAUGCUGCUACAGAGGCUUUAUACAACUUUACACUUCAGAACUUCUUUGAAAACAAGGCAGAAAUACUCGAAAACGAGGAGGUCACCGUUGCUGCUACCAGCUACUUCGACAACUCCGAUGCCGUUAAGGGUCUUCUCAAACAUGGAAACGGUCUACUCAGCAUUCUUGACGACCAAACGAGGCGCAACCGGACGGAUACUCAACUACUAGAGAGCCUUCGGAAGCGGUUUGAGGGCAAGAAUCCUGCCAUCGCUGUGGGCAGUGCCACAGCUAAAUUACCUGGAAGCAAUUUUGCGACCCACAAUGCUGCAGCUUCCUUUGCAGUCAAGCACUUCGCCGGGGAGGUGGAGUAUCUAGUUGCCGGGCUGGUGGAGGAGAACGGAGAAGUUGUCUCGGGGGACCUGAUGAACCUGAUCGGUUCGACUAAGAGUGACUUUGUUGGCCAGCUUUUCGGACAGGAGGCUUUGCAGACCGUGGUCCACCCUCAAGAGAAGACGACUAUUAUGCAAGCUCAAGUUAGCUCGAAACCCUUACGAAAGCCGAGUGUUAUGCGGAGGAAGGGAGACAGGCCCAGCCGAUUUGGGACCCGUGAUAAGCAGCUUUUCGGUGAAUCCGUGGAAGAUACCACCGAGGGCUCGCAACCAGACAGCAACGGACGCAGAGGUCCUAACCUCGACCAGGGAGCCGCCGGUCAAUUUCUCUCCUCCCUCGACAACGUAACCAAGUCUCUCACUGCCCCGAAUACAAAUCCAUAUUUUGUGUUCUGUCUGAAGCCCAACGAUCGGCGAAUCGCCAAUCAAUUCGACAGUAAAUGCGUACGAACGCAGAUCCAAACGUUUGGAAUUGCAGAGAUCAGCCAACGACUGCGCAACGCUGACUUCAGUCUGUUCCUACCAUUUGGGGAAUUUCUUGGCCUGGCCGAUGCUGAUACAGUCUUGAUUGGCAGCGAACGAGAGAAAGCCGAAAUCGUAGUCGAUGAAAAGAGUUGGCCAGCAAAUGAAGCUCGUGUUGGCAGCACAGGAGUCUUCUUGAGCGAACGUUGCUGGGCUGAGAUCGCGAAAUUGAGCGAACGAGGCUUUACUGCAGGUCGAUACCCUGCCGUGUCUGAAGAUGGAGGGGAGGGCAUGCUCACUCCAGAUGUCCGCGGUGGCUAUGCUGCAUCGAAAGAACGGCUCCUUAAUUCUCCAUCAGGCCUAGCGCCGUCAUCUGGUGGGUAUGGCUACGGGGCAGACAAGAAGUCGGGUUAUUUCGGCAGCAAUGAUGUUGACUCUCGGUCUGAUGCUGGUGCAUCUGCCAUUGGCCAAGGCGACAUGUUCCGCAAUCUCGACACAAGGGAGCAGAUGGCAGAAAAGGGCAAUGAGAAGACCAUGGUUGAGGUCGAAGAGGUGAAGACGAGCGCCAGUCGAAAGAGAUGGGUUGUAGUGGUUUACAUGAUGACUUUUUUCAUCCCGGACUUCCUAAUCCGGUGGAUCGGUCGAAUGCCCCGCAAGGACGUCCGAAUGGCGUGGAGAGAGAAGCUUGCUAUCAACAUGAUGAUUUGGGCGGCUUGCCUCUUCGCAGCUUUCUUUAUCGUGAUCUUUCCGAUGCUCAUUUGCCCAAAGCAGAACGUGUAUAGCGCCUCAGAAUUGUCUUCCUAUGACGGUAAAGGCAAAUCCGGCGCCCUGGUUGCAGUUCGUGGUCAAGUCUUCGAUUUGGGUGCUUUCGCCCCGCAUCAUUAUCCUAAUAUCAUUCAAGAGAAGCUGCUUCUUGCUUAUGCCGGGUUGGAUGCCACCUCCUUGUUCCCAGUUCAAGUCAGCGCCAUGUGUCAAGGUGUGGAUGGGUCCAUUGACCCGUCAGUUCAGCUUGACUACACGAAUACCAACACCAGCGGUUCUGCGAACGUCAUCAGUACAACCGAUCUCAACUACAAAUUCCAUGACUUCCGAGCGUUCACCAACGACACUCGGGACCACUGGUUCUACCAGGCGAUGGAGUCGCUGAAAAGCAGCUACAAAAAGGGUAAUAUUGGCUAUACACCAGAGUACAUCGGCACAUUACGUGGCAAGCAGCAAGCCAUCGCCAUUCUCAAUAACCGUGUCUAUGAUUUCACCAAGUAUAUUGCGGGUGCCCGGCCAAUUAAGGUCAAGCCGGGUGAAGCGGAGCCCACAGAUGUUAACAUCAAUUUCAUGGAUACGGAAGUUGUGAAACUUUUUCAGAGCGCGCCGGGCCGGGAUGUCACCAAGUACUGGAAUGCCUUGAAUCUCGACCCAGCUUUGCGCGGUCGGAUGCAAUUGUGCAUGGACAACCUCUUCUACGUUGGGGACGUCGACACCCGAAACUCCGUUAAAUGCAAGUUCUCCGAAUAUCUCGUUCUCGCCAUUUCUGUUAUGUUAGCUUCAGUUAUUGGCUUCAAGUUCUUUGCAGCCCUUCAAUUUGGAGGCAAGAAUGUCCCCGAGAAUCUGGACAAGUUUGUUAUCUGUCAGAUUCCCGUUUACACUGAAGAUGAGGACUCAGUUCGUCGUGCACUUGAUUCCGCGGCAAGGAUGAAAUAUGAUGACAAGCGCAAGUUGAUCGUCGUUAUCUGCGAUGGUAUGAUUAUUGGUCAAGGGAAUGAUCGCCCUACUCCUCGCAUCGUGCUUGAUAUUCUUGGUGUUGCAGAGACAGUCGAUCCCGAACCCCUCAGUUUUGAAUCUUUGGGUGAAGGUAUGAAACAACACAAUAUGGGCAAGGUCUACUCCGGUCUCUACGAAGUGCAAGGUCAUAUUGUGCCUUUCAUGGUUGUUGUCAAAGUGGGCAAACCCUCCGAAGUUUCUCGCCCCGGAAAUCGAGGCAAGCGUGAUUCCCAAAUGGUCAUGAUGCGAUUCCUAAACAGGGUCCACUAUAAUGCUUCCAUGAGCCCGCUUGAGCUAGAGAUGUAUCACCAAAUUCGCAACAUUAUCGGCGUCAAUCCAACGUUCUACGAGUUCAUGCUGCAAAUCGACGCAGACACCGUCGUUGCGCCUGAUUCGGCAUCUCGCAUGGUCUCCGCGUUCUUGGACGACACUAGGCUUAUCGGCUGCUGCGGAGAAACGGCUCUUUCUAAUGCGAAAUCGUCCUACGUUACCAUGAUUCAAGUCUACGAGUAUUACAUAUCCCACAACCUAACCAAAGCAUUUGAGAGUUUGUUUGGCAGUGUCACCUGUUUGCCGGGCUGUUUCACCAUGUACCGCGUCCGAGCUGCAGAAACUGGAAAGCCACUUUUCGUGAGCCGAGAAGUUGUUGAGUCUUACGCAAAUAUCCGAGUCGAUACGCUCCAUGUGAAGAACCUCCUGCACCUGGGCGAAGAUCGAUACUUGACAACCCUGCUUCUCAAGAACCAUCCUAAGUACAAAACAAAGUACCUUUUUAGCGCACAUGCUUGGACCAUCGCUCCUGACACCUGGGCUGUUUUCCUCUCCCAACGUCGUCGGUGGAUUAACUCGACAGUUCAUAACCUUAUCGAACUCAUUCCCUUGUCGCAACUUUGCGGUUUCUGCUGCUUCAGCAUGCGUUUUAUCGUUUUCGUCGAUCUACUCUCGACACUUAUUCAGCCUGUCACUGUCGCCUAUCUCGUCUACUUAGUCGUUCUCGUGGCUAGAAAUACGAGUGUCAUUCCCAUAACGGCUUUCAUCAUGCUUGGCGCUAUCUACGGUUUACAAGCUAUAAUUUUUAUCCUUCGCCGGAAGUGGGAGAUGAUUGGCUGGAUGCUGCUAUAUAUUCUCGCGAUUGGGGUAUUCUCCUUCGCCCUUCCGCUGUAUAGUUUCUGGCAUAUGGACGAUUUCUCUUGGGGUAACACUCGCGUCGUCACUGGAGAAAAGGGGAAGAAGAUCGUUAUUACGGACGAAGGAAAAUUUGACCCAGAGUCUAUUCCACACAAGAAGUGGGAAGAAUACCAAGCCGAGCUUUGGGAGGCACAGACCGUACGGGAUGACCGCUCAGAGGUAUCCGGUUAUUCAUAUGGCACCAAGUAUCAUGCUGCGGCAUCUGAGUAUGGUGGCCCUGCUCAUCCAUACGAGGCGAAGAACUCCAAUGUCUACAGUUCCCGGAUGUCCCUUGCACCGUCGGAAGCUAUGGGACUAGGUGAUCGCCGUGCAAGCCAGUUCGGGGGCAGCCAGUAUUUUGGACAGACAGAUCUUGAGCUCUCAAACCUGGCAGGUCUACCGAGCGAUGACACUAUUCUUGCCGAGAUCCGAGAGAUCUUGAAGACGGCUGAUUUGAUGAGUGUUACGAAGAAGAGCAUCAAAUUAGAACUAGAGAAGAGAUUUGGUGUUUCACUUGAUGCUAGGAGAGCUUAUAUUAAUUCUGCUACCGAAGCUCUUCUUUCGGGCCAGCUUUAG